AUGAAGUUCGCGUACCGGUUUUCAAAUUUGCUGGGGACAGUCUAUCGGUGUGGAAACUUAAAUUUUACGUGUGAUGGAAAUUCAGUUAUCAGUCCCGUGGGAAACAGAGUCACUGUGUUUGACCUAAAAAACAACAAGUCCGACACUCUGCCUCUGGCCACUCGGUUCAACAUCAAGUGUGUGGGGCUGUCCCCAGACGGCCGCCUUGCCAUCAUUGUGGAUGAAGGGGGCGACGCGCUGCUCGCCAGCCUGACCUGCAGGGCCGUGCUGCACCGCUUCCACUUCAAGGGCGCUGUGCACAGCGUCUCCUUCUCCCCCGAUGGCAGGAAAUUUGUCGUCACCAAAGGCAACCUUGCUCAGAUGUACCACGCCCCUGGGAGGAAGCGGGAAUUCAACGCGUUUGUUCUGGACAAAACCUACUUCGGGCCGUAUGACGAGACCACGUGCAUUGACUGGACAGACGACUCCCGGUGCUUUGCGGUCGGGAGCAAAGACAUGUCCACGUGGGUGUUUGGGGCCGAGCGGUGGGACAACCUCAUCUACUACGCGCUGGGGGGACACAAGGACGCCAUCGUGGGCUGCUUCUUCGAGUCCAGCAGCCUGGACCUGUACACGCUCAGCCAGGACGGCGCCCUGUGCGUGUGGCAGUGUGACACGCCCCCUGAGGGCCUGAGGCUGAAAGCCCCCGCGGGCUGGAAGGCGGACCUGCUGCAGAGGGAGGACGGGGCGGAGAGGGAGACCACCGUCCACGGGAAGGCCGUGCCGGCUGCCGAGGAGCAGCAGGGGAAAGUGACGUACUCGCGGGCGGCCAAGCACUUCUUCAACGCAGGAGGAGACCUCACGCGUCUGACCGCCGCAGCGUAUCACAAGGCGGCCCGCCUCCUGGUCACUGGUUUUGCUUCCGGAAUCUUCCACCUUCACGAGCUCCCCGAGUUCAACCUCAUCCACUCCCUGAGUGUCUCGGAUCAGAGGGUCUCGUCCAUCGCCAUCAACGGCUCUGGGGACUGGAUCGCCUUUGGGUGCUCAGGCCUGGGCCAGCUGCUGGUGUGGGAGUGGCAGAGCGAGUCCUACGUGCUCAAGCAGCAGGGCCACUUCAAUAGCAUGGUGUCCCUGGCCUACUCCCCCGACGGGCAGUACAUUGUGACCGGCGGGGACGACAGCAAGGUCAAGGUGUGGAACACCCUCAGCGGCUUCUGCUUCAUCACUUUCACGGAGCACUCGAGUGGGGUCACCGGCGUGACCUUCACCACCACUGGCUACGUCAUCGUGACCUCUUCCAUGGACGGGACCGUGCGCGCCUUUGACCUUCACAGGUACCGCAACUUCCGCACCUUCACGUCCCCGCGCCCCACCCAGUUCUCCUGCGUGGCCGUGAACUCGAGCGGGGACAUCGUCUCUGCUGGGGCCCAGGACUCUUUUGAGAUCUUCAUCUGGUCCAUGCAGACGGGCAGGCUCCUCGACGUUUUGUCCGGCCACGAGGGGCCCAUCAGUGGUCUGUGUUUUAACCCAAUGAAGUCGGUCUUGGCCAGCUCCUCCUGGGACAGGACGGUGCGUCUGUGGGACAUGGCGGAUAGCUGGAGGACCACAGAGACGCUGGCCCUCACGUCCGACGCUCUGGCCGUGACCUUUCGCCCUGACGGUGCCGAGCUGGCCGUGGCCACGCUGAACUCUCAGAUUACCUUUUGGGACCCCGAAAACGCGGUGCAGACGGGCUCUAUCGAGGGCAGGCACGACCUCAAGACGGGCAGGAAGGAGCUGGACAAGAUCACUGCCAAGCACUCGGCCAAGGGGAAGGCCUUCACCACUCUGUGCUACUCUGCGGACGGCCAGAGCGUCCUGGCGGGCGGGGCGUCCGCGUUUGUGUGCAUCUAUCACGCCAAGGAGCAGAUCCUCAGGAAGAAGUUCGAGAUCUCCUGCAACCACUCCCUGGGCGCCAUGGAGGAAUUUUUGAACCGAAGGAAAAUGACAGAGUUUGGCAACCUGGCACUCAUCGACCAAGACGCCAUGGAGGAGGGCGGGGUCCCGAUACCGUUGCCGGGCGUAAAGAAGGGUGACAUGAGCUCCCGGCACUUCAAACCUGAGAUCAGGGUGACUUCGCUCCGCUUCUCUCCCACCGGGCGCUGCUGGGCGGCCACCACCACCGAGGGGCUCCUUAUCUACUCCCUGGACACCCGGAUGCUGUUUGACCCGUUCGAGCUGGACACCAGCGUCACGCCUGCGCAGAUCCGGGCGGCGCUGUGCCAGCGGGACUUCACCAGGGCCAUCCUCAUGGCCUUCCGGCUCAACGAGAGGAAGCUGCUGCAGGAGGCCCUGGAGUCGGUGCCCUGGGACGAGAUUGAGGUCAUCAGCUCCUCCCUGCCUGACUUGUACGUGGAGAAAGCGCUGGAAUUUUUAGCUUCAUCCUUCGAAGAGUCUCGCCAUCUAGAAUUCUACCUCAUAUGGACUCAGAAACUGCUUAUGGCCCACGGACAGAAGCUCAAGUCCAGAGUGGGGACACUGCUGCCGGCAGUUCAGUUCCUUCAGAAGAGCAUCCAGCGCCACUGGGACGACGUCUCCAAACUCUGUGACUGGAACCGCUACAAUCUGCAGUACGCUCUGGCCGUCUCUAAGCAGCGGGGCCUGAAGCGGCCCUCUGAACCGCCGGGCAGCGAGCCGGAAGCAGAUGCACCUGAGGGCGAUGACAACAGCCUCCACCUGCUCAGGAGAGGACCUGGGGAUGGAGACGGGCCGCUGGCGUAG